AUGUCCAAUCGUAUUUACUCUGCGUUGUAUUCCAAAAUAGCAAAUCCACAAAAUUCUUCAGAUGAUUCUGCUUUGUUACCUGGACCAUUACUCAGUUUUUUGAAGUCGAACAAUACAGAUGGAUCACAGAACUCUACUAAGGAAUCUAUAACUCCCACUGAAAUCGAGGCACAAGGUCGUCUUACGUCUUGGAUUUAUCAAGCUGAUGCUGAUCCUUUAAUGCUUAAAGGCAUGUCUCGACAGCAGCGUCUUAUGGGGUUUUUCUUAUGUCUUCUUUCAGCAUCGUUAUGUCUUUGUUUGGCGAUGCUUUUCUUGCCAGUUAUUGCAACACCUUUUGGAACAGUUAACUGUAGUAUAAUUGACCAACUAAAAUGGAUUAUCACUAAAAUCUUUGAUUGGAUUGGAUUUUUCAGUAAACUCUUUAUUGGGAAAGAACCUGAAAGAAUACGUGGUCCCAAGGGUCCUGAAGUUGAUUUAUCUGACUUUCUCGGUUUGUUUUUUGGUGGGAACGAGAGAAAAAGUAGUGGUAGAAGAAGAAGAGGCAGUAGCGGUGGCGGUGGUAAUGGAGGCCUCAUAAUAUUACAAGAUUACAGAUAUUAGCAUCAACCUCAAGUGUUUGAAAUAAUGGACUAAAUUUGCAGAUAAGUUGGUUGUUUUUGAAGUUCAGAUAUAAACUUUUUAACGACUAACCUUCUAUGUGGAUAACAUGAUCAGAAUCUAUUUCAUUCCGAAUUGAGAUUUUCCAUUACUUCACAUUUGUUGAUUUAGUUUGUACUUAUAGCUGAUAAAUGAAAUGGCACAAGUUCAUGAAGUCACUGACAAUUGGACUGAGCCAUGUUGAUAGGUGUAGACUACCUGGUUGGGGACCUCGAGAUGAUAGCAACCGAUGGUUAGAAACCCUGAAUGACAUGGCUCAAAAUCAUUUGCAAUGGCGCAGGUGCAUCUACUCUUUGUGUCCUCACAAAUUCUAAUCUUCUGAAUUCACCCUGUUUCUUUUUUUCUCUUCACAAAUUUACUUCACUGGAUUAUACUCCUUGAAUAACAUCUUCAAACCCUAGUGUUUCUGAUUACUGCUUAUACUUUUGCUACCUCUACCACUAUGGGAUUUGAAUCGAUAACUGCACCUCUGUGCUAAUGUGGUAUGGCAA